CUCCUGUCAGAGGAUCUUUGUGCGUGAGGCUCUUCCCAGCAGGAUGGCAGGCAGCGCGUGGAGGUCAAUGCUGACCCAGGUGGUGGGAGGCGCCGUGAGGAGACCGGCUCUGUCCUCAGCUUCCUUUUCCAGAGGGAUGCAGACGGUCACUCUGAUUCCAGGGGAUGGAAUCGGUCCAGAGAUCUCGACGGCGGUCAUGAAGAUCUUUGAGGCAGCCAAAGCUCCCAUCAGGUGGGAGGAGAGGAACGUCACUGCCAUCAAAGGGCCCGGCGGCAGGUGGAUGAUCCCUCCUGACGCCAAGGAGUCCAUGGACCGGAGCAAGAUCGGCCUGAAAGGACCCCUGAAGACGCCCAUCGCUGCCGGACACCCGUCCAUGAACCUGCUGCUCAGGAAAACCUUUGACCUGUACGCCAACGUGCGGCCCUGCGUCUCCAUCGAGGGCUACAAGACUCCGUACACCGACGUCAACCUGGUCACCAUCCGGGAGAACACGGAGGGAGAGUACAGCGGCAUCGAACACGUGAUCGUGGACGGUGUUGUUCAGAGCAUCAAACUGAUCACUGAGAACGCCAGCAGACGGAUCGCAGAAUACGCCUUCGAAUACGCCAGAAACAACCAAAGAAACAGCGUGACGGCCGUCCACAAAGCCAACAUCAUGCGAAUGUCAGACGGUCUGUUUCUGAGAAAAUGUCGUGAGGUGGCCGAGAACUACAAAGACAUCAAGUUCACUGAGAUGUACCUGGACACUGUGUGCCUCAAUAUGGUUCAGGAUCCGACCCAGUUCGACGUCCUCGUCAUGCCCAACCUGUACGGAGACAUCCUGAGUGAUCUGUGUGCUGGUCUGAUUGGAGGACUCGGAGUGACGCCCAGCGGCAACAUCGGCGCCAACGGAGUCGCCAUCUUCGAAUCGGUCCAUGGUACCGCCCCGGACAUCGCCGGCAUGGACCUGGCCAACCCGACCGCCCUGCUGCUCAGCGCCGUCAUGAUGUUGCGUCACAUGGGUCUCCAUGACUACGGCAACAAGAUCCAGACGGCCUGCUUCGACACCAUCAGGGACAAGAAGGUUCUCACCAAGGAUCUGGGAGGAAACUCAAAGUGCUCAGAGUUUACAGCUGAUAUCUGCCGUCGUGUUCAAGAUCUGGACUGAAGCUGAAGGAAGGAGGUCGCUGUGGGAGCCUCACCUGUCUCACCUGGCUCACCCUCCUCCCCCGCUGACUGGUCGUACCUCUCUGGGGCUGCAGGGAAACGGUCGGUGGGAGGCUUUCAGACGUCGCUUCAUAUGUUCAGAAAUGAUUGCUGUAGAGGGGUGUGGCUUGUGUGGAGGGGGCGGGGCUUCUGCAGCUGCAGCUUCAUGUGUCGCUAACAUUCACAGCAAACGUACGCACAAUAAUCUCACCUGACCAGGAAUGAGGUGAACCUGCAGUCGCUGAACAUGAGAUCCCAUCAGCGCUCUGCUCCUCUUACAUAUUUGGUAUUUUUUUAACGGUAGUGCUGCAUCUGUUAUUUAUUAUUUCUACUUGUUACUGCUGUCUUCACCUCCAGAUCCAGAAAUAUACAAGGUUCUAAAGCAACACGGCUCCUGUCCCUCUGUUUCCAGCUUCAGUGCUUCUGGUGACGUCUGCUGAUCUUAACUGUUGGCUUUGAUUGCUUGGAUUGAUGUUCUUUAUCUUUGGAAACGAGUUCACAGCUUCAGUCUGUAAAGCUCCCAGCAGCACAGCGACAUGAACCAACAGCAGAAAUAUGAUCCGGGUUAAAGCCUGGACACAGGAAGUUACGCUGCAACACAUCCACACACAGCUGAUUAGACAGGAACACAAGCUAACAGACGAACCUGAACGCUUUCUUUAGGUCUGCUUGUCUCAAAGCUGCAGAGAUGAAGUUUAGUUUAUGAGUCUGUGAAACGAGUUCAGUAAUGAAUCUGUGCAGCUGCUGCGACGUUCCUCCAUCAGGGUCCAGGUCCAACAAACACCAGCAUGACAGAGUUCAGAAGAUGAAACGUCACAGAGGCUUUCCUCCAGACCGGAUCCGGAAACCUGACCUGCUGCUUCCAGCAUCGGUGUGAAGACAUACUAUGGGAUGUUGUGGAGCAGGUUUAGAAAUAAAGUUGAAUGUGAAUUGA